AUGGUGCAGGAGGUGACCUGGACCGCCACGAACGGCGAGACCAAAACGGCCGACAAGUCAUGGGGGGCCGACUGGGCCUCGCGCGGCGUCUUGGGCUUGGGGAGCACCGCGAACCGCGACACGGCGUGGAAUUAUGGCCGCGCGCAUGGGAAGAAGUUCACUUAUCUUCUCUUUAACUCCGAUUCCGACACCACCGUCACCGGCUCCAGGUAUGAGGUCUUCAACCACAACCUCGCCGAUGGCGGCGACAAGAGCGAUAUGGCUGAAGUCAUUGGCGCCGUGAACACGCUGGGCAACGCGAAGUACUCCAUCACCAAGAAUGCCCUAUGUCGGACUACUGGCACACAUGAUCACCCGUUUUGGCACUCUGCGGGAGGUCUUUAUGUGAACACGGUUCAGUGCACAGUGGUAUUCGACAAUACGGUCGCCCAGGCCAAGAUCAAGCGAGGCGAGAAGCCGAUCCAAGAGGAGAUAUUCAAUAUCAAGCGCAUCGAGAUUGCGGAGGAUGAACCCGUGCAUGAAAUAUUUGUUCCAUCUGACGAUGCAGAGCCAACUCUGACGCCUCGGAGUAUCGGGAAGCACCGAAGACACCGCGCCCAUCAUCACUAA